AAAAUGAUGAGGAUCGAUAUGGAUGGCAAUAGGCAAUCGGCGCAGGAGGGCAUGAGGGCUGACCUUUUGCCGUCCCAUACCCUUUGAUCCUUACGAUAUACCAUAUUCCAUUUCUCUGAAUACUCUGGUCACUUAUAAUACCUCAUAGCUCAAUAGUUUUUUCCACGGCGAUACCUCCCAUCCCAUCUCUCUCCCUGCCUGACCAGGUCUGCGCCAAGAAUGUCCGCCGCGCAAUAUUACAACGGCCAGAGCGGCCAGAAGGGAUAUCAGGAAAUGCCCAACGGAGGAGGGUACAACAACUAUGGCCAGCAACAGCAACAGGGACAACAGUACUAUGCUCCUCCUCCUCAGAAUUACCCGCAGAAUGGCCAGCAGUACAUGCCCCCUAACAACAACUCGGUACCGCCCGUAGCCGCCAUGCAUUCCUCUCAACCUUACGCCGAACCUCAGUACGCUGCCAACAUGAACCCGGACAUCGCAGGAAAGGCCAACCCGGCUCAGGCGGAAGGGAGGUUCAAGCCCAAUAAGAAACUCAACGAUCCGAUCUUCUUGAUCCUCUUCCUCGCCGUGUUCGCGGGGAUGAUCGUCGUAGCUGCAUUGGCUAUCAGGCAGUUUGUCAAGUAUAACGGAGGGAAUGGAGGGUUUGGCGAUGGAAGUGAGGGUGGGACGGGAAUCUCGACGUCGUUGAACUACCAUACCGUCUACCUCCUUAUCAUGGCCGCCGCCCUCGCCCUCGUCCUCUCUGCCGUAUACCUGCUCAUCGUCAGGACUUUCACAAAAGCUCUUAUCGAGAUCACGCUCGCCUUGUCCGUCUUGCUCAAUAUUGGAGUUUGCGUAUACUACUUCACUCAAAAGUACUGGUCUGGAGCGAUCAUCUUUCUGGUCAUCUCGAUCGUCAGCAUACUAUCCUAUUUUUUCAUGCGCAAGCGAAUCCCUCUGGCGAGGAUCAUGCUCCAGACGAUCAUCGACGUCAGCAAGCAUCACCCCUCGGUCUACGCCGUAGUCAUGAUCAGCUUGAUCGUGCAGACGGCCUUUAGCGUAUUUUACAGCUUUGCUGCGAUCGCUGUCUAUGUUACGUGGACGCCGGGUAACCCUUCUUGUGCGACCAACUCGUGCUCGAGCGGAAAGGUCGCCGGGUUGAUCUUUUACCUGACCUUUGCCUAUAUUUGGGUCAGCCAGGUCAUCGCCGCCGUCACCUUGAUGACCCUCGCUGGAGGUGUUUACGGACAAUGGUACUACAACGGUCCCAACGCUCCCCAACUCAAGGGCGCCAACUCCAAGGCCUUUGGAAGGGCUGCGACCACUUCGCUCGGAUCGGUCGCUUUCGGGUCUCUGAUCGUUACCGUCUUGGAGAUUCUGAAGCAGCUGUUGAACGUUAUUAGCCGCCAGGAGGCUGCGGAGGGAGAUGCUAUCAGCGCCAUCUUUGCGUGUAUCGCGGCUUGCUGUGUUUCGUGUGUCAGCUCGCUGGUCCAAUACUUCAACAAAUACGCAUACAUUGAGAUUGCUCUGUACGGGAAGAGCUAUAUACCCGCCGCCAAGGACGCAUGGAGGCUGCUCAAGCACCGAGGCAUCGACGCGCUGGUCAAUGACAACUUGAUCUCGAUUACCUUGACUUUCGGUGCUUACAUCGUCGGUCUUCUGACGGCUCUGUUUGCCUACUUGUACUUGCGCUACACGGAUCCGGCUUACAAUAGGAACGGAGAAUAUACAGCACCUGUCAUGCUCUUCGCUGCCCUUAUCGGCAUCAACGCGGCUUUGGCUCUGGCAUCGGCUAUCGAAUCGGGCGUAUCCACCAUCUUUGUCGGUCUGGGAGAAGAUCCAUACGUCUUGCAAGAGCGAUCCCCUGGUCUGUUCGAGGAGAUUCGACAGAACUACCCCCAGGUCGUUCAGCCCAUCGGACCUUAGGCAAUCGGGAACUGUGUCUCCCUCGAAUUAUCUUGACGCUUAUAAUUACCAUGUAGUCAAUGAUUUAGGAUUCAAUGGUCAUUUAAUGGCGACGUUUGCUAGUG